UCUGUGUUUCUCGGGGCUGGGAACUGAAGCCUGUGCGUUUGCUGGCAGAGCGCUAAUUCAAACGAGCGCUGUGUUUUUAUUCUUGUAUGGAGUCGUACGUAAACUCAUAGAAAAAAGGAUCAAAUCCUCACGCUUUAGUUCCAGCGCGUGCGCGCUCCCGUAAUAUUCCCCAGUAAGUAAAGCACAGGUUUUUUUUCUUUCUUUCGCGGCGAAAGGAGAUACAAGUCGGGGUACAUCUGAUCGAAAAGACUCCAAGAAAGAGAAAACCACUGCACCGGUUUGUUUGGGAUUUCAUAUUCCAUUUGGGAACAAUCUCCUUUCCAGCACACUGGUCUUAUUGGAGACGUAUCAUCAGAUUGCUUCACGUUAAACUUUUGCAAGGUUUUAAUUUAAAGGAAAGGCGAAUUUUUUUUUUUUUUUUUUUUUUUUUUUUUUUUGGAAUCGAUACAGAUAAUACAAGGAAAAAAUGCCGGACCAGAUUACAGUGUCGGAAUUCGUGUCCGAAACGAAUGAAGAUUACAAAGCACCCACCGCCUCUAACUUCACCACUAGAAUGUCUCAAUGCAGGAAUACUGUGACCGCUCUGGAGGAGGCGCUAGAUGUUGACAGAGGUGUCCUAUACAAAAUGAAGAAGUCCGUCAAAGCAAUUUACACGUCUGGCAUGGCACAUGUGGAGAAUGAAGAGCAGUACACCCAGGCGCUGGAGAAGUUUGGAGAUAACUGUGUCUUCAGAGAUGACCCAGAUUUAGGAUCAGCAUUCCUCAAGUUCUCUGUGUUUACUAAAGAGUUGACUGCACUUUUCAAAAACUUGUUUCAAAACAUGAACAAUAUCAUCACUUUCCCACUUGACAGUCUGCUAAAGGGAGACCUGAAAGGAGUUAAAGGGGAUCUGAAAAAGCCUUUCGACAAGGCCUGGAAAGACUAUGAAACUAAAGUCUGCAAAGGACAUUCUAUACUGAGAGGUACAAAAAUAGAGAAAGAGAAAAAAGAGCAUGCGAAACAGCACGGGAUGAUCCGGACAGAAAUCAGUGGGGCGGAAAUAGCAGAAGAAAUGGAAAAAGAAAGGCGGUUCUUUCAGUUACAGAUGUGCGAGUAUCUUCUCAAAGUCAAUGAGAUCAAGGUGAAGAAAGGAGUCGAUUUGCUUCAGAAUCUCAUCAAAUACUUCCACGCCCAGUGCAAUUUCUUUCAGGAUGGAUUAAAAGCUGUAGAAAGUCUUAAACCUUCAAUCGAGAAACUUGCAACAGAUUUGCACACGAUCAAACAAGUACAGGAUGAAGAGAGGAAACAGCUCACUCAGCUGAGAGACGUGUUGAAAUCAGCGCUGCAGGGGGAGCAGAAAGAGGAUUCUCAAGUACGUCAGAGUGCAGCCUAUAGUUUACACCAGCCUCAGGGAAACAAAGAGCACGGUACUGAGAGAAGUGGAAACCUCUACAAAAAAAGUGAUGGCAUACGCAAAGUAUGGCAGAAAAGAAAGUGCAGCGUUAAAAAUGGGUAUCUCACCAUAUCUCACGGGACGCCAUAUCGGGCAUUUCCCAUAACAGCCAGAUACUUUGCUGAAGGCGACAGCAGAGAUCGCUUUUCAGCAGGCAAUUCAGUUUGUGUUAACAAGCUUGCUAACAGACCACCAGCAAAGCUCAAUCUAUUAACUUGCCAAGUGAAACGCAACCCGGACGAGAAAAAAAGCUUUGAUCUCAUAUCACAUGACAGAACGUACCACUUCCAAGCAGAAGAUGAACCAGAAUGUCAAAUAUGGAUGUCCGUGUUACAGAACAGUAAGGAGGAGGCGCUGAACAAUGCUUUCAAGGGCGGCGACCACGAUGUGGGAGAAAAUAACAUUGUUCAGGAGCUCACUAAAGCCAUCCUGGCAGAGGUGACAAGGAUGACGGGGAAUGACGUGUGCUGUGACUGUGGCGCCACAGAUCCUACAUGGCUUUCUACAAAUCUGGGGAUUCUAACCUGUAUCGAAUGUUCUGGAAUCCACCGAGAGCUGGGUGUCCACUAUUCCAGAAUACAGUCUCUUACACUGGACAAGUUAGGAACAUCUGAACUCUUGCUGGCCAAGAACAUAGGGAACGCUGGAUUUAAUGAGGUAAUGGAAGCUUGUCUGGCAGCUGAGGAGGUGAUCAAACCCAAUCCCGCCAGCGACAUGAAUGCACGAAAGGACUAUAUCACAGCUAAGUACAUAGAAAGGAAAUUUUCCCGUAAGAAGUGUGUUGACAACGCAGCUAAGCUCCACAGUCUUUGUGAAGCAGUAAAAGCCAAAGAUAUUUUUUCUUUGGUUCAAAUCUACGCAGAAGGCGUGGAUAUGACAGAGCCAGUUCCACUGGCAAAUGGGCAUGAACAUGGAGAAACUGCACUGCAUCUUGCAGUUAGACUGGUGGACCGGACUUCUCUGCAUAUUGUUGACUUUUUAGCCCAAAACAGUGGAAAUCUUGAUAAACAGACAGCGAAGGGCAGCACAGCUCUGCACUACUGCUGCCUGACGGACAACAUAGAGUGCCUGAAGCUGUUACUGAGGGGGAAGGCUUCCACUGAAAUAGCCAAUGAAGCUGGGGAAACUGCCCUCGACAUCGCGAAAAGACUGAAACACACUCAGUGUGAGGAGCUGCUCGCUCAGGCAUUAUCUGGGAAAUUCAAUGCCCAUGUCCAUGUGGAAUACGAGUGGAGAUUACACCACGAAGAUCUGGAUGAGAGCGACGAUGACGUGGAUGAAAAGCAGCCCAGUCCCCACCGCAGGGAGGAGAGGCCUGUCAGCUGCUUCCAGCCUGGUACCAGCCAGCUUCAGCCCACCGCAGCCGCUUUGGCCAGGGAUGCAGCCAACCUGGUGAAGGACAAGCAGAGAGGCUACAUCACCAGUCUGGUCAACAACGAGACCUACGGGGCAAUCCUGAGUGCCAGUCCACCUAACCAGACCACCGUCCCUGUGACUACCAACGCCCCCCCGCUGCCUCCGAGGAAUAUCGGCAAAGUUCAACUGUCAGUAAUGGGCCCUGGUGUACAGACCACAAGUUCAAACUCGUGGAAGUCUGGCUCUGGGAGUACAGAGGGUUUGAGCAGACAGAGGUCAUCAUCGGAACCACCAGAUAUUCACCCGCCUGUACCUCCACUGCGAGGAACGUCAACAGCAAAUCCUCCGCCCGUGGCUCCACCGCCCCCUGUGGCUAAAACUGGGAGUGUCAUGGAAGCAGUGAACCUGCAGUCUAAACAGACAGGCCCGCCCCCCGUCCCACCGGUCAAGCCUUCCCCUCCGCCACUGCCCCCUCAUCCCCCCGGCAGAGUCCCGCAGCCUCCAGCCAGCACUGAAAAAACAUUCAACAAAGGAGCCGUGGGACACAGAUCUGUACCAAAACCAGUUAAAGAAGCUGCAGCUCCAGCAGCCUCACAGUCAGGGCCCUCUCAGAACUCGGUGGGUCCGAUCCAGCCGCCGGCACCCAUGCCAAGAAAGUCUUUUCAAAAGCAGAAGCCUAAAAGAGUAAAAGCCAUUUAUAACUGUGCAGCUGACAACCCCGAUGAGCUGACGUUCUCCGAGGGCGAGGUGAUCAUAGUGGACGGUGAGGAGGACCACGAGUGGUGGCUCGGGCACAUCGAAGGGGACCCGACGAGAAGAGGAGCUUUUCCUGUCACGUUUGUGCACUUCAUUGCUGACUGAAAAGCCUUUCAGAAGGAAGGCCAAAAAAAAAAAAAUAAUAAUAAUAAUAAUAAAAAACAUAUUUUAGCUUUUGUCACUGUUUUCAUCUGCCUGCGUGAGGUGUACUGCACCAGCGAUUUACAAUAAGAGGCAUCAGUAAACCGAGGUGGGGUCCUUCUGGUCUGUCGCAGUUCAUUUCCAAGCUCCAGAACGUACGUGCGCACUGAUCCAUCGUUCAUCUACAGUGGAAGCACUGAAGUUCUCCAGCCAUUGCUUCAUCAUGACCAGGAAGCACUGUAUGUCUGUAACAACUAGAUACUGAUCCGCCUUGUUGCAAUAAACGCACUUUUUAUUGGGGUUUUCUGUGGUUUUAAAAUGUAAAUCCAAGCAAUGUAAGAUUUUAUUUUCUAAGCGGGGGGUGGGGGAUAAUACUGGAAUAUGUAAAAAGGCAAAAGGAAUGUCCUUUCCCUUUAAUGGAGUAGUAAAGAUGUAUGUAUAUCCUGUUAAAAACAAUGAUCUGUACUGGGAAAAACACUGGAAAUUACAGUAUGUUGCACACCUCUAACUAACGAUGCUACACCAAGAAAACACAAUAUUAAGCCUGUCUGCACAUCCAACGAGUGAAUGCUACUAAUUUGAAUUUUCUGGACCUUAUUUGAGCUGGGUUUAGAGGACUUUUUUAACAGGCACUUUUUUUAAAGCAAUGCUGAUGAAUAGAUUGUCAGAUGAUACAGAGCUGCGUUUCUUACCUGUUCAAAAGCUCUUUUCAAACUAUUGUCUCAUUGACCGCAAAAUGUAAUUGAAUGCCACCGUAGGCAGGUCACAAAACCAAUGCUUUUUUUGCCUUUAAAUUUGAAUUCUCCCUAUGUAGCUUUCACUUCCUGUGGGUAUGCACUUAGUUGCUAGAAGUUCAUAUACACAUUGUUGGAAUUACUGAGAGAAUGCUUGAACUGCAUUUUCCUGAAUUUAGUGAUACAAUACUGAGUAUGAUGGGUUUGCAGGGCACCUCUGUUUUAAGACAUUACAUUUAAAACAUUCCACCAAUUGUUUUUUGUGGGGGCAGCAAUAUAUUCCAGAUUGCAUUUUCAAUGUGAUGCACGCUAUACCGACUGUGCUAAAUAUUUUUAAAUGAAUGUUUGAGCUAUAUAAAGACAUUCACACAACCCCAUGUUAAGGUUAAUCAAAUUCCAGGCUAUAUUUUAUUUAAAAUGUUCCUGAUUGGUGGGCAAAACACUGAAUGCAAUCUAGGCAGAGGACGAUCACAAAUCAGCUUAUGCAAUGUUGAACUUUCUGACUACACAUUUUAUUUUUUUUUAAAUCGCACUGCUUGUGUUAGACAAAAUAAAGCCUUUUUUUAAUGUAAAAGUUGACUACUUAAAAUUCAAUAACAUGAUAUUGACACUUGGCAUAUGGGUAUUCAGUGUUGCUUUGUGAUGCAGACAUAAAUGAGUCUUAAAUUAUGUGGAAGAAAAUUACAGAUUAGUGAUGUACAUUCCAUAAAACUGCAAUGAAAGCAGAAAUACAAUCUGGGUGAAAAGCACAUAUUUAAAGGCCUGUUGUUUCUGGUUUCCCCCUCUCUCAUUUUUUUUAAGACCCAAAGUAGGUUUUCUGGGGUACCACAAUUAAGGGGUAACAAUGAGAUCGAUUAAAACAGCCUACCUAAACAUCCAAAAAUCAAAAACACUGAUCAUAAACUAAUUUCCAUUUCUGUGAAUUCACAUGGAAGAUCUUUAUACGUUUAGGUUUUAGAGGUAGACGAUUUUAAGGGACCAUAAAUUAAAUUCCAAUUCAAACAGGACAGUAUCACCCUCUCCUGAUUUUGCUGUUUUUAAGGCUUUAAAGCAACAAGGGGCAUUUGAAACGCAGCAAAAGUACCUUAAAUAUAUAUUGUUUUAAAAUAAUUAUGUAAUGGAUUUGAUUUGGUAGCAGAGCAAGUGUGUGUGUGUGUGUAUAUAUAUAUAUAUAUAUAUAUAUAUAUAUAUAUAUAGUAUAACCUUAAUUCUAAACAAAAUAUUCCCUUCACUGUACCGACUGCAGUAAACCAAGAUUGAAAAUCGAGCAUGCGUAUCUGUGUAUGUGCCACACUAUUCUCAUUUCUGCUGUUUUGCUGUUUCUCCACUGGAAAUGUAACAAUAAAAGUGUUACUGAAGUAUG